AUGCUAUCUGUUCUUAUCCCUCUUUGGUUUAAUCCAUUUUCAAUUCGUAAUGUUAACAUGAAUCCCAAGGUGAAAGUGAGAGUACCAGACCAAGAAGAAGAGUUUUUUUACACAGAAAACAGUAGAGGAUCUUGGAUGUUUUCAAAGUUCAUUGAGUUACUAUACUUUGAAGAGAAGAACCAAAGAGAAUGUCCUCCCUCAGUUUCCAAAAGCAUAAGGGCUUGUCCUCAACAUGUAACAAUGAGAUCCACCCCUUCAACUAAAGGAGUAUUGAAGAGUAUGAAGAGACUUGGUGAAAGUCCAAAAGAAAAUGCAAGAGCUUGUUCUGUCAUACGCCCUCGAGCAGUCUUAUCUAGUCCUGAAAAUGAUGGACUAAUUGGAAGUAUAAAUGAGUUGAACAACGGCACAUCAUCAACAUCAAGUAGAAAGAAAGAUGCAAGAGGGAGGAUAGAAAGUCAAGCUAAGGUUUUGUGUACUGAGGUGAAGGAAGGAAAAUUUUUGGACAGGGAGGAAUGUGAGGCAUUGAACAAAGGCAAAACUCCUUUAAAAGCAAAAGUUCACGUUGGAAACUUUCUACACUAA